AUGUCGUCACGUGAACCUCCAUGGCGCAACGAGCGCAGCCGUCUGCCCCAGCGCGACGCGCCGUCUUCGUCUAUUCCAGCAAAGCGGUCAGCCGACUCACGAGCACACGACAAUCCUGCGAAGCGGUCAACGAACGCGGCCGAGGAGGCAUGGGUGGCAGACGAGGAUCGCUUCGUGCUGCAGCAGGCGAAGAAGAAGGCGGCACUGCGCGUCAAGGGCGGACGCGCGAGGCCCAUUGACUGGCUGGCCGUUACGCUGCGCUUCAUCGACCCUACAGAGAAGUCGAUACUCGACGAGGAGGUGGAAGACCACGAGCUGGACAUCGUAGACCCCGAGGGCGUCUUGGAAGGCCUCAGCAACGACGAUAUCUCAGAGCUGGAAAAGGAGAUUGAAAACUACCUCGCCCUCGAGACAAGCAAGAGUAACCGCGACUACUGGAACUCCCUCAAAGCAAUCUGCAAAGACAUGCGCCGCAAAUCCAAGUCGUCCAAGUCCGAAGCACGCGGCACCGGCUCCGUGGCUGCUGACAUCGACCAGCUCCUCGCCCCUAAAACGUUCGAACAGCUUGAGACACUCGAGGUGCAGGUCAAGAAGAAGCUCGACUCGGACGAGCCCAUCGACUAUGACUACUGGGAGCAACUGCUGCGAAGCUUGCGCGUGUGGAAGGCCAAAGCGAGGCUGCGUCGUGUCUCGCAGGAGAUCGUCAGGGAGCGCCUACAGACGUUGCGCAAGCAGCAGGCUGAGGCUGCUGCGUCGGUACAAAACAGCAUCUACGCUAUGCUCAACGGCGCCGACGAAGCGGGCGACGCGCAACCGACGACUGUCGCCUACGAUGCAGCCUUCGAUCCACAACCGCUGCUGAAGUUGCGCGCAGAAGACAAAGCCCUACCACAGACUGACGAGAAAGCGUUUCUGGAGCACCUGGCAGCUGAGAGGAGGAAGAUCCAAAAGAUUGGCUACGUGCCCUCUCAGGCCAAAUCAAGUGAUGCUACUGUCAGCAGUAGUCAGCCCACAACGAGCCAGACUGUAACCACAAGCGCCUCACGAUUUGCGCCCGUGGAGAAGGAGGAUUACUCCAAGGCAACCAUGGCACUAUACGAGAGGGAAGUCGCGCGAGGCGUCGAGGAAGGCGAGGAGAUAUUCACCGCCGAAGAGGAAGUCACAACCGCCCGACCCCAGUGGGCUGGUAACUACAAGCCCCGGAAACCCCGCUACUUCAAUCGUGUUCAGAUGGGCUAUGAAUGGAACAAGUACAACCAGACGCACUACGAUCACGACAAUCCCCCGCCCAAAGUCGUACAGGGCUACAAGUUCAACAUCUUCUAUCCCGACCUCAUCGACAAGUCAAAGGCGCCCACCUACAAGAUCGAGCGGGAGAAUGGCCGCAAGAAGGGCCAAUCCUUUGCUCCCGCCGGUGAAGACGACACAUGCCUCAUCCGCUUCAUCGCCGGCCCACCGUACGAAGACAUCGCUUUCAGAAUCAUUGACAAGGAGUGGGAUUAUAGCGCUAAGCGCGAACGCGGCUUCAAGAGCAGCUUUGACAAGGGCAUCCUGCAACUUCACUUCCAAUUCAAGAAGAUAUACUAUCGAAAGUAG